ACUUCCGAACCCGGUGCGUAUCUAGGCUCUAUCUAGGCGUUAGCCAAGGCUACAGUCUAAGCCAGCUACCAAGCGGCCGGCUUUAGCCUAGGCUAGGAGGAGGCUAGGCGCAACGCAACCUAAAGAGGCAGCUGCUUGCAGGCUCGUGAUGCUGAACUAGCCGGUUCGGCCAAGACUCUCUGCGUCUCAGCCAAGCAUUCCUUGCUCCUCUACGAUUGUGGGAACGAGCUGUACCCAGCGCGCUAAGUGCUACUGCACUCCGAGCCAAAGCUGAGGCCCAGAUUGGCCCCGGGGCCGGUUGCCCCAUUGGGCCAACGCUACUACCACGCGUUAGUCUUGUACCAUACCGCACCGUAACGUAUCGCUUGCUACCGUCUGGAACCAUUACCUCGACGUCGGCUACGACGUUGAUGACAGCGACUUCGACAACCCCAACGUCAGGGCCUCCUGCUUCCUGAGGGCGAACCUCAUUCUCUCGCGCCGAAACGGAUGAUUCAAGCAGAGGCAAAAUUCAAUUUGUUUCUCGUCACAAGCCGCUGCCGGCGCCGCCGCCACUGUCACGAGAAAAAGAAGCUUGCACUUUACGGCUUUUGAUCUGUUCGAUCUGAUUUUGUGUUCAAAGUUUCUUUGUGAGAAGGGGGUGGCUGAUUGACUGGUAACUGUUGAUCCGAGUCGAAACACAUCAGGCGUCAGCGAUCGUCACUCGUCAGAAUACAUUAGGUUCAAUAUUGCUGAAGCUGUCAGCGAAGUCCGAGAACCUAACAGUUGUGUAUGAGGUCGCAUUACGUGAAACGGUUCAACAGAGCUAAAUGGAGCGAUGAUCCUGGAGGUGGUAAUUGAUUGAUUAGUUCAUUGCUCCUAGUGGAUGGCGAUAUUGUCGCUGAUCGAAAGAAGAUUUGAUGGUUCAGGUGCAGAAUCUUCCUCGUUAACAGCAGCUACACGUCUGUGAUAGGCGAGCGAUUUCGCCGUUGAUAUCGGUGUUUACACCCGCUUGUUCUUUUUCUUCCUCCUUACCCGUCGUUCGACCUACAUAGUCGAAUGCUUGGCACCUACCCCAGAGAAACAAGUUCCACCUUAAUUCAAAAUUUGACCCCAGUUACGUUGAAACAGCGUCGCGCAAUAUCAAAUACCCUAAAGGUAACAAUAUUUGACGUGGUGGUUGAAGUAAAAGUGUUAGCAAGCUGUCCAUCCACUGGGAAUUUGUGUUGUGUAGAUGAUCAACCGUAUGGCCGUGAGUGAUUAAGUGUUAAUGGUACGUAACGAACUGUAUAUGCAUUACGAAGUGUUAAUCUGAAACGAGAUCUUGAUAGCUUUCAAGUUUGCCAACCAGUCUCAAGUCGAUUUAUGGAAAAAUCGAGCAAAAUAGAAGAAUAGUUUAACCACUAAUGUUUUUCCAAACGUGUCCAAGUAAUCGUCACCGUCUCCUUCUUUAACUUAAAUGAUAUAUGAGUAUUUGACAGAGAAGUGCUAUUUAAUAAUCCUUUCAAAAGCGGCAAUCGACCAUCAAGGAGUAACAGACAGACAAUCGCGCUAGAACGUUAUCUAGCCUUUGAUAUGAGCAAUGAGUAAACUUUCCCGUAACACUACCCUAUGAAAAUUGCUUGGGAGAAACGUGCCGAUCGAAUCAAUCAGAUAAUUUUUUGGCUAAUCAAUUUGGUCAACUGGUGCAGUCCGUUCUGAUUUAGCUUAAAGGACCCAUUAAGCCCAACAAAUAUUCGUGUACUGUGCAACCAGGCAACCUUCCGUAAAUAUAAUUUUUUCAACUACGGACUUCAAUCGAUCCUCACCAGCCUCAGCAACUAGUCGAUUUGGCUCGAAGAAAUCGCCUGUUUUCAUCGAGUUGGCUUGCCGGACUUCGGGGCCGUUCGGAACUGUGGCGUUCUCUGUAGGAUUUCUAAGGACUCGCGGGCUGUCAAGGCCCCAUACGACGCCAGGCUGUUACUUCGGGACGAGAUCCUCCGCCAGUUCGGGGGCGGGCUAGGCACGUUAGGACAUUACAGCGCCCUUCCAGGAGGCGGUGGUGUUCACAGCGGCAGUACGGGUGGUAGUCCAACACCUCCCGGAAUCACCGGAAACGCUUCGAGCCACAUAGGUGGCAGCGGGGGUGCUAACGGAGGCGGUGGAUCCAGUCCCCUGGGCGCCAUGGUUGAACGUCACGGAGGCGUUAGUGGGUGUGAUUGUGGACGGAGCUGGUGUAGCAUUUGUGGGGGAAAUUCGUUAGCAUCAGCUGUCUCCCAGGCCAAUGGAAGGCUCAGCGCUGAACAGCAUUCGCCGAGCCCAUCGCCCGUCGACAAAGCGCUGCCGUCGCUAGCGCUAGGAAGCGGAGGCGUCGCCCUGGGCGGAGUGGUCGGCAGCUUGAAAGGAGCCGGAGGUGGAACAGGACCCGGGAGUCCCUUUCUCUAUAACUCACCGCAUAUGGCGCCACCUUCGCCUUCGCCGAGUCACACGCCCACCGAUGGUCUGCUCCAGCAGAGCUCCGGACAACCGCACUCGCCUUACAAAACGAGUGGCGCCACUGGUGGGGGUGCGUUCAAAAAGCUGAAGGUCGAGCCGGGUUGCUUGCCCCUUACAAGUGCCGCUGUAGCGGCGGUUCACAGUCCUCAGGCAGCUCUUGGAUCACCAGCUUGUCUGCCACAAACGCCCGCUAGACGUCGUCAUCGGACGACGUUUACCCAAGAACAGCUUCAGGAGUUGGAAUCAGCAUUCGCCAAAAGCCAUUACCCAGACAUUUAUUGUCGGGAAGAAUUAGCCAGGAUCACAAAGCUCAACGAGGCAAGAAUACAGGUGUGGUUCCAGAACCGCCGCGCCAAGUAUCGCAAACAAGAAAAACAGCUUCAACGCGCCUUGGCCGGACCUUCUGCCAUGAUUCCGGCGGCCUGCAUGCGAUCCAUGUACCCAGGUCCUGCGGGCAUGGGUGUCGGUGGGGUCGCGGUAAGCGGGCAUCAGCAGGGAGCCGUUAGUGGAUACGGCUCACCAGGAGGUUACGGAGGGCCGCCCGGAGCACAGACAUUGGGUGGCCCCUCUUCUUCGCACUACAUGGGGUCACAGGGUCCUCAGCCACCAGCUAGUCCCUAUUGUGGCCCUGCUCAAGGGCCAACAGCUAGCCCUUUCCACUCGCACUCUCAGGGGGGAUCUGUCAGUUCGGCCGGCAGCUCACCUGCUCACGAAUGGUAUGCUAAGAGCGGCGCACUUGCUGGAUUGAGGUUAAACUCGUCGUCGUUACACUAUCCCUCAAGUUAAGUUCGCAUCUUUGUUAGGCCAGGUGACUGCGUAUCGACCUAUGGCCUCCGGCAGGCAGUCGACGUGCGCGGACUGAACGCUUUGACCUCUAGUGGUACACGCAAACCAAUCAAUACAAAGCAAUGCCACCAGAUAUAUUCAUUAACGCCAAAUUACUACAGUGGUACGCUGUGUAAGAUGUCGCAGCGAUGCCCGAAAGACGAAUUGGUCUAAUGGACUGAGAUUUUCAAUCCAUCAAUUAGAAGUCCGAAAAUAAUCAAAACUCAGACGUCGAUCCGACAGGAAGGAGUCGGUCUGCGAAGUCUAAGAAUUAGCAUAGACGCCUAGUCGCAUAUGACGAAGAGAUCUCGAUCGGAGAUUCAGUUUCGGUGGUGGUUGGGUAGCCAAAACUCAGAAACUUUGAAAGAAAUGCUCGUAGGACCGGGGCGCUGAAAAUGGUGCCGCAAAUAUUGUCAAUCCUCAAAUGAUGUAUAUAUGAGAGUCUUGUAUAUUGCACUUAAAUGACGAUAUAUAUAUAUAUAUAUAUAUACAUAUAUAUUACCAUAAUGAUGAUAGGUAAUAAUUACCAACAGUUCCCAAUAUUUUUGUCAGUGGCACUAUCCGAAGAGAAUUUGAAAAGUUAACCUUCUUCUCAGCGAUAGCCUUCUUGGGUAAAAAAUUUAAUCUAUGUAGGAAUAAGAACUUUAACAAAAUAAACACGUAUCCGUUUUUACGCUUUAGCUAAACGUCUACCACUGCAACACAAAGAUGAUAAGCUUAUAUAUGCCUAAGCUGUAUACUUACAUUCCGGGCUUUUUGCAAAAGAAGAUAGCGUCACUAUAGCGAUACAUCCAAAUAUUAUAAUUAUAACAACAUGCGACAUCGAACUCCCACGCAGUCAACUAUAUAAUAAUCGCCGCGUAACCAACCCUUUCUAGUCGUAAGCGGCCGUUUGUCUUGUAUACCACGCCAUCUGGCAUAUUACAGGAUACACUUGAAGAAGUAAGAACAAGGAAAAAUAGAACGUGGCCUCUAUUUGAAACAGUACAAAACAGAACCGAAAUGAUAACACCUAUAGUUGCGUAUAAUGCCGUCGGAAGGGGGUUUUCGAAAGAAAUCCUAUAUAGCCAAAGAAAAGGCCAUCGAAGGUAACCAACCUAUCUCGAAUGAUCCAGAUACACUUCUGACACUGAUAGUGCUUUCUGCGACGAGUGGAUUAACACAGCGGCAAGUGAUAAAUUAUUUACAAGAUUAUCACAUUGAAGCUCACUAUAAGACUUGCGAACUUACGUGCUUUCUGAAUCAAAUUGUUUUUGUCAGGACAAACAGACAAUCUGUUUUGCUAGUCGACGGCAAAGUUAAGGUGGCAAUUAAGUUAUGCUCUAGUCAUGCGCGUUAUAUAGAAGAGUGAGCUAGUUCGUAGUCGGGAGUGAUCGUAACUUGACAGUCCCCCUAUCUAUAAAUAGAUGGUCUGUGCGUCAAACGAAUAGCAAGAACGGCUCAACGCAUUCUGCUUCCGUUUUCAACAGAGGUCAUAACACUGAAUAUCGAGAGUAACCCCAUAUUCGCCAGUGCUAGAGGGCAGAUUCUUCAGCUGACCCGAGCUUGCAGGCCUACUCGUUCGAUGUUCGUCCUAAUGAUAGAUAUAUCGGCGGAUAGUAACUUUUUCGCUUUAACUUUUGCUGGGUGCUUUGACAGCCAUAGCAAUGCACGGUAUGAUCUUCCAGCGUCAACGUAACUAUUCUCGAUAAACGCUGAUGAUAAUUUAACAGCUUCAUCUACCUGUCAUAACUGCGAGUAAUUCUCAAGACAUCCUAACCCCUGAGACAAUUUACUGUGCACUGUUUGUUGACGCUGCAGAAACACUAAACUGAGUUUGGUACGGGAGUUCAAAAUUCAAAAUGGCCGCCAUCUGUAACUUAGCGACAAAUCUCCGUCAUCGCGCCAACGAAUAGCACACAGUUGUAAUCUAUAACGGUAUCUUAGUCUGUUCAGAUAGGUGCCUCGGCUAGACUCAUUUGACCGCAUGUGAUUACAAAGCAAACUGAAAAUGAAAAAAGCAGAUCUUUACAUAUGAGCGAACUCUGAACAUGAUCAUGUUAUAACGAGCAUGAUUAUGAUGUGUAGAGAAACAAUCUUUGUUGAGGCUUUGAUAGUUGUGUAGCAUUCACGCUAGUUGGCAGGACGUGGAUCAAUCUUCGAAAAGGUCUUACUAGAUGUGCUUGCUAUGGUGGGAACUCAUAGUCAAUUAUGUUGAUAUUUGUCACUGUCUUCUACGUGGUAUAAAAAAAACUUCAAUGCAAGUGAAUGAGCCAACUUCUCUUUUGAAAGGUCCACGGACCCUUUCACCAUUGCGAGGCAGUGCAAAAGAAACAAGGCGAGAAAAUUAGCCGAGACAGAUCGAUAAAUGGUUGAGCUAACUAAAACGACAGCGCCAGAAGAAAACCGUUGGAGAAACAGAGAUUACCAAACGAGUCAUUAAUCGAGAUGGAAAAAACUUCAGAUGAAAAAAAGUUCAGAUGUAUAUAUAACACAACAACAACAACAACAAACAAACAAACAAACAAAAACUUCGCCGGCUUUAGGCUAUUAAUUAAACGGCAAAUCAAAUAUCGGCUGUCUGUGCUACCAAUGCAAAUUUUCGUCCUAAAAAAAACAAACGGGGUCACUGGUAAAGAACAUUCUUUUUCUUUAUGUGAACGACAAUGCUAUCCUUAUACGAAGAGUAAAAAAGCGGAUGAACGAACCUUGAGUGUCUAUAGGCCUAUAUAUAUAUAUAUAUAAAAUAAUGCAUUGAAUUAUAUAAUGCGGUGAUGAGCAAAGCCAAAUGGACAAACACUUGAACGAGAACACGUGCGACAGCAACAAAGCGGUUUCAGCAUACAAGCCGAUGUCUAUAUAAAUACAAAAAAAAAAAAUAAAUAAAUCCGCACUAAAGAGGAUGAAUGAAAAUGAGAUAUCCAGUCAAUAAUAAUAAUUAUUAUUAUUGCUAUUAUUAUAUCUUAUUAUUAUUAUCAAUCAUUGCAGUACAGUCAUGGAGGAGGAGGAAAUGGAGAUCCAAUGGCGAAAAGAACAAGACGAGUAUGAUAUUAUAUGAAAUAAUGCGGAAAAGGUAAGAGAUAAAAUCAUACAUUUUCUGUAUAAAGUCGUAAAUACUAUAUUCCUAUAUGAUUGUGAUUAUAAUAAUGACGCUGAGAUAAUGAACACGAGAUAAUUCGUAUUAAUUAUUCUACGACAGUGAAAGCGAACGAAAGGAGAGUCGUGGUAGUUAUAGCCGGCGGAAAGUAAUAAAACGAUAAGUAAAGUAACUACAAGAAGUGUCACGAACGUGACAAAAACAAACAAAUAAAUAAAUAUAAACAUCUCUAUAACUCUAUAAUUCAUGAAU